CACGGUGGGCGUGCCCUGGGCGCUGAUGUAAACACAAAAUACGCCUCAUCCCCCCGGUCGACUAACUCACAGUGGACUGGAUCGGCAAGAUUAAACCAAAUAGCCGUUGUUGGUCCGCGACAACGGUCCUUGUCUGUUGCGUGUAAUAUGCUUUAAAUCGCAGACAGGCGACGCCAUGGACUUCUACAUCAACCUGAAGGUGAAUUUCAGGGGGAAUUCCAAGAAUUUCCUCCUGUCGGGAUCUGAGACCAAGAGCUGGGAGUCGAUGGAGGCCAUGGUGAAGCGUUCCUUUGGCCUGUGCAGCCUUCAGCUGACCUAUUUUGACGAGGAGAACGAGGAGGUGUCCAUCAACAGUCAGGUGGAGUAUGAGGAGGCAUUGAAGAGUGCAGCGAGGCAGGGAAACCGACUGCACAUGAACGUGUAUGAGACUCGAGGUCAGUCCACGAGGGUCCCCGCCACCAAGUCCAGUGGAGCAGAGCCCAAGCGGGGCUUCAGACCCCCACAGCACUGCCCCACCCUGGCCCAGGUAGUCAGCCGCAAGGUCCAGGCUGCAGUGCCAGAACAGGGCAUGGUUAUCUUGAAAGAAGUGAAAGGCACCAAAGAAGAAGACAAGACGCCUCCAGCGUGGUUCACUUCCUACAUGGAGAAGUUUAAGGACCAGGUGGUACGGGAGGCGGUGGAGAAGAUCUGCAGGGAGUUCUCUGGACAGUGCUGCAUCCACAAGCCCCUGGGAGUGGGAGGGGCAGCAGGUGGAGCAGGGGGAAGUAGAGGGGAAGCAGUGGCUGGGGCAGAGGCACAGCAGGUUCCUGAGGUGUCGUCCACCCUGCCUGGAGCGCCAUCCUCCUCCACUCCUCCCUGCUCCUCUUGCAGGGGACAGACCACCGGAGGAGGCUACCAGUGCAGUGUGUGUACGUCCUGUACUCUGUGCGAACCCUGCAGUUUCUCUCAUGAUCCCAGUCACAACCUGGUGAGAGCAAGGACUCCUCUGUCCAUCCCAGAACACGGAUCACCUGCCCCUGACCACAGCAAGUUCUACAGGCGAGGUGACCGCAGUUUCCGCAAGGCGGAGAAGCAGCGGCUCAAAGCAGAGAAACGCCUGCUUAAAGCUGAGGUCAAAGAGAUCCGCAAACAGCUGAGGAUGGAGAGGCGGGGCAUACAGUGGAGCUCUUCCCACAGAGAUGGAAGCUCCUCCCCUGUCCUUCUGCAGCCACGAGCCACCCAGCACAACAGCCCAGAGCGUCCAAAGCGUCCCUGUCCGCUGGUGGUUCCAACCAUGACUGCUGCAUUUCUGGACGAGAACCUUCCUGAUGGAACCCGACUGCGUCCUGGGACUAAGUUUAUUAAGUACUGGAAGAUGAGGAACACUGGGACUAUCAGCUGGAGUGCUGAUACUAAGUUGAAGUUCAUGUGGGGGAACCUAGCGGUGGGAUCUGGGGACCGUUGGAGAGAGGUGUCUGUUCCCUUCCUUCAGCCAGGACAGGUCGGGAUAGUGAGCGUAGCUCUGUGUGCUCCUUCUGUGGAGGGCUCCUACACCUCCCACUGGCGCCUGGCCCACGCUGGGGAGCAGUUUGGACCGAGGGUGUGGUGUAGUAUUGUUGUCGACCCUCUGGCCCCUGCACCCAUGAUGGCUGAUGGGAUACUGGUGUCACCCUGUGUCACACCACAGGGUAAAAUCCCAGCGGCCAAGGAUGGAAAAGCCGGUGCAGCUUCUAGAGAGCAGCCUCUAAUGUCAGUGGACCAGGAAGAGUACUUCAUCCCCUCUGUAGACCUGCUCACUGCGCAGGAUCUUCUCUCCUUUGAGCUGCUAGACAUCAACAUUGUUCAAGAGUUGGAGAGUGUCCCAAACAACACCCCUGCUGACAUGACUCCCUGCAUAUCCCCUCUGCCUCAAGAUGGCCACCUGCAGGACAAGAGCAGUCCGUCUUUGGGUCUGAUCCGGGAAGAGACAGAGGUCAUCAACAGCAUCAUGGAUGUCCCUCAUGGGACAGGAUCUGGAGCUGAAGGGGGCGGAGUCCCGGCUCAGGAGGAGGGGGAGGAUGAUAUCAGUGGCUCUCAGUUUGUUUGUGAAACUGUGAUUCGCUCGAUGACCCUGGAGGAGGCCCCCGACCACGCCCCUCUGAGAGGGUCCCGACCAGGGACAGUGGCACGUCCAGCUGCUCAGAGUGGCUCUUCCUCCUCCUCCUCUUCCUCCUCCUGCGUGAACAGCAAAUCACUGAAAACAUGGGAGACUCCAGACAGUAACCCCGGCAGUUCCAACAACACCCUCAAACCACCUGCUACGCUGAAGGCUUCCCUCCCUUCCCCACUGAAAGCAUCCCUACCUGCUCCCACGUCUGUGGCUCUGACCCCAGGGCCCGGCCCCAACUCGGCACCAACCCUGCCUUCUCCUUCAGCCAGGGCCUCCACAGCCACAGAUGCGGUUAAAGAGUCCCACAUGGAGAGCAUCUGUGUCAAGCCAAGGGUGAAGGAGAGGGAGAAGGAGCCAGGGGAGGAGAAUGAGAACGAAGGAGGGGAGAAGGGAGAAGAGAUAAGAAGUCGCUCCUCCUCCACCUCCUCAGAGGAUUACAUCAUCAUCCUCCCUGAUUGCUUCGACACCAGCCGGCCACUGGGGGAGUCCAUGUACAGCUCUGCUCUGUCCCAGCCUGGUGACAUCUCAGCCAAAACCCCCACAGACCUUGAUACUCCAACUUCUGACCUUACUGACCACCCAAGCAGUACUGCUGAAGACAUGGGAGUAGCUGAGGCAAAUGAAGCUUCAGGGACAGAGUUGUCGGGCACCAGCAGUGCCAACGACAUGCUUUGUACAUCUCAAACGCUGGAUGAUGAACCACUGACACCUGAAGUGGUGGCCCCACCUACAGCCAUCGUCUCACCAAGUCCAGAGAGCAGUGGAGAAACAGAUGCUGACACUGCUGCUGCUACUGCUGCUGCUGGGGAAGGAGCCGAGGGUUCUGAAUUGUACCAAACUGGGGAUGCCUCUGGUUCUGAACAGACUCAGACAGAUGAUACUGGAGAUACUGAGGGCACAGAAGAGAACCCUGAGGACCCAAGGCACCCAGGCAUCACCAGCGGCCUGGUGAAGGGAGCUCUGUCAGUAGCUGCUUCUGCUUACAAAGCUCUGUUCACUGGACAAGGCCCCACACAGCCUCCAUUGGACGCGUCCACCCAGGACACCAUGAUGGCCGUGCUGGUGGAGAUGGGCUUUGGGGACCGGUCACUGAACCAGCGGCUGCUGAAGAAAUACAACUACAACCUGCUGGACGUGGUUAACGAGCUUGUUCAGAUGACCGACAACGACUGGUACUCCACACGCUACUGACAAAAGGGACGAAGAUGUGCAGGAAGAAGGAUGGGAGAUGGAGAUGAAACAUAAGUAAUAAUGAAUGAAGAAAGACAAGAAGAAAGAAAUCCAUUUCUGCUCAUCUACCUUUUUACCUUUAUCUUUCAGCAUAUCUCUCUUCUAACUGGUCCAGUUAAAUGGAGAGCAAUCUUCUCUUUAUAACAACAUACGGGGAAACAUUCCAGCAAGCAUCUCUGCAAUCCUGCAUUAGAUCAUCAAUCACCUACUGUCCGUCGUAUAACUGUCAGUGUUGGCCUUUAUAGCUCCUCUGCUGACCAAUCAAAAUGAGCUACGUUUUGCAUAUCUUUUUAUUGAAGCAAGUAAAGAGGGUGGGUUUUAACUUCACAAAGCUAGCAAACAUGGCGUUGUGUUAGGUUCCAAAACUAACCAGGUCCAACAAUCACAUUUAAUGUGACCUUGAUGUAAAUUCACCAACAUCAAUAUAAAAACUAUGGUAAUUAUUUGUUAGUAUUGAAAUGUCACACACACCACCUUUCUACUUUCGUCUUUUGCCCAGGACUGUGUUAAAGUACACACAUCCAGUAUUGCAUCCGCACUGAGAAAAAUAGUCACUUUUGUCAGAGAAUGUGUACACAUGCUAGUCAGUCAUAGAAUGAAAGCCACAUAAAAUUAUAGUUGACUGUAUAUCAAACUGCAAAAAGUCUUAAUAUAAGGGUUUUUAUCAAGGCAUCCUGGGUGCUUGAUGGUUCCACUUAAGCGUCUGUCAUUUGUCCCUGAUCUGUUACCCUAACCUGAUGGGUGUCAACAUAGUUUACCAAAAAUCCAGUCCCAUAAGAGUGUGGCUACUAUUUCUGCACAUCCUUGUAAAAAAUCUGUUAGUCACUGUUCAAAGGGAUUUUUAAUGAACUACUCUAGCUGCUAAACUAAUGGCUAAUGCUUUCACAACAACCCUCCUUGUUAAAGGGAAUAAGAAACAUUUUUCAAAACUCAUAUAUGUGGACUCACGUUAAAGCUACACAAACUUGUAUUUGACACAAACAAUCUGCCUAUAAGUAAAUCCAGCGAUUUCAUUGGCUCUAUAAAAAUUCAUUGAUUUCACUGUGUAAAAAUCUGAAGUUUUGAAAGCUGGGGUGAUUGGGUGGGAAGGUUUUAGGCUUGGAUCUGGUUCAGGUUUGGUCAUUGUCAAAUGUAAUUUAUUAGAAAAUCUCACUGUGACGUCAUUUGCAUCUGUGCAUCGUGUGUUACAUGUUUUAGGCAGAUACAGAAUGCCCAUAGAGGUGGAGUAUGGUCACUGCCUUGCAUAAGCCAGGGAAACCAAUGGUUAGUAAUAGUUCAAAUAAGCAAAGUUUCUGUCUCUUUUUUCUCACACACUGGAAGAUGAUUUAAAUGUGUCAUUAGUCAGCAGAGACUACUAUACUGUUUAUACAUAAGCAUAGAUUCAUUUUAAUAUAUCUGGUUUUAUUUGGCUGUUUAUUAAUGUUGCAAGUUCAGAAAACAGGACUGCUUGGUUAUAACCUUAUCGCAUUUGAACAAUGCCAAGAAGUAAUUGCUGUAUGUCAUGAGCCCCGGAGCUUGGUACAAGGUGAUUAUCUGUUCUCAUGUAGGUUCAAACUAUCUUAGAUUGUGGCUGCUUUUCUAUUUAUACUUUUGUUUUGUACAUUUUGUCAACAUUGUUAAAGAGUAUAUAGGGAUGUAACACACCUAUUACUGGACUAUAUGCAUAACCUGCUGUAUGAGUAGAUGACCACUGAAAGGAGAAGAACAUUCCCCCAAUGUGACUUUAGAGUAUUUGCACUUAAAACUUAAAGGACACAGGGACCAUUCAUUGAACGUAAAACUAACUUUUUCCUCCAACUGACUUUUCCUUCAAUCACACAUUGUUGUCUUGACAGUCAAGCCUCUUCCUUGCGUUAGUUUAUUAUUCUGAACAUGUUGGCUGUUUCUCACAGUAAGGAUUUUCUCCUCUGCUCAGAGCGAAGGUCUCAGUAUGCUUCAAAUGAACUUGUUCAGUCAAGUCAUCUGACGCAAGCGAUUCUACCUGCUCUGAGAGGCCACACUCGAUGUUGGGGUAUUAGUGUCUUACACUUUUGGACAGUCACUCCUUUAAAUCAUUCCUGGUGUUCAGCCCAAUUAUUUAUACAAAAAGGUUGUGUAAAAAAUGAAAAAAACGAAAAUUUGCUAAAUUAACCUCUAUAUCUCGCUCUUGCCAUAAUUCUCACACUAUUUUGUUAAGUCACAAAGUUUGGCACAUUCACAAUUUUGCCAUAGGAAAGGGCGUUAUAGACAGCUUGUUUGGUUUGCUUGUAGGCAGGUUUGAGAGACAUUACAAGCUCUGGCACAGAUUUAACACAUCAUUGUGAUUUCAUAAUAGAUAAGGGUUCUCAGCAUGAAGCAAAUAGUUUGAUUUCCAUGGCAACACGGAUGCAUGUCAGGAUGGGUGUUUGUGUAUCAGAUCAAAAAAUGAAAAGAAAUUAGCUAAUCAUGCCAUUCAGAUGGAUCCCAUGGUGAUGAUGCAAGAUUGCCAACACUGUCCAAAUGAAAAAGUUACUUCAUCGGUCUUUGUGAUGUAAUUUUUCACAGUUUUUACUUUGCUUGUAACUACAGUACAGUACACAGAAAUACAGGUGUAAAAGGGGUAGAAGACUCAACAAUUCUUUGUUUGAAAUAUAGAUGGGAGUGAAGAUAAAAAUGAAGACAUCUCCAUUUAGCUUUUUCUUCUUUUAACAACGGAGCAACUUGGAAAAGCUGGUCAAAGUAACUGUUUAGCUGAGUGAGAGUGACUACAUUUCAUGCCUUCAAACGGCAAUGAUGAAUUAAAUCCCCUAUACGAUGUUCAUACAUGUUCAUAUCAUUUUACACUCGUGUUUUGUGUGGUGUGCUAAGGUUCGGGGUUGAUACUGCUCAUCCUUUGUCAGAGCACUUUAAGAGUAUGUACAGGAUAGUCUUUCCAAACUUUAACUGGAAUCAAACAGUGUGUAACAAUGUAAAAUGUUUUUUUUUUUUUUAAAUGUAUGAUUAUACAAAACCUAGUUGGAAGCAUUGACUAUCAGUUAUCACUAAUUUAAGUUAAGAAUUGAGAUUUGUUUUUUCUUUGAAUGCUUGAAGGCUGUUUGGAAAUAUACAAAAACUGAGCUAUGGAUGUUGUAUUAUCAGGCUUUUGUGUGGUGCUUGAGUUUGCUCUGCUGGAUGUGUGUGUUAGUGUUAUACUAUGUAAGAAAAGUUACCAGAUUGUUUUGAGGUUUGUCUUUUAGUUUGCACGUGAGAGGACUUUGAAAUUUGUGGUUGGAGUUGGAACAAAUCCUUUAAUAAAACAGCAAUUGUUGUAGGAUUAUGAUACAAUGUGUGCUCGACCAGUGUCAGUGCUAUAAAAAAAAGCUGUAAUUUCUCACAUACUCUAAGGAAUAGUUCAACAUUUUGAGAAGUAUUAUAGUUAAGCUUCAUCUUAAGUCACAAUAUCCACCAACAGCACCUCUAAAGAUUAGUAGAAAGCAGAAGUAACUUUGUGGAGCUUAGAAGUUGCCCAGAACAUAAUAAUAAUAUUGAUGAUGUUGAGAUCAGAGAAAAUAGAAAUAUAAAAAUAGAUAUUGGCCUAAUCACAGUAGGUUUGAUUAGUGCUUAUUGGAAAACUUUAUUUUUGUGAACAUGAAGCAGAAAAGAUGCGAGAGCUGAUUUAAUAAUUGUGAAAAUACAUCAGAAGAUUAGGUUAACAAAAAGAGAAAAUUGCUUUGUGCCAAAUUUAGCUACUAAUUUAAUUCCACUUAUUCUCCUGCCCAUGGACAGGUUAACAAUCAUCAAAUCCUGAUGACAAAUCCCUUAAUCUCCAGUACAAAUGGACCAAAGGAAGACUACAAGAUGAUAUAUUUAAUCAAGUACAGGUCAGGCUCUACUCCUAAGAUUGCAGGACAUGUAGCCUUGAUGCUCCUAAUAACAUUGUUUAAGGCUCUUUGUGUAGAAUUUAGUGACAUCUAGUGGUGGAGUUGCAAGUUGCAGCUGAAUAUCCCCUCACCUCACCAAUCUUCCAACAUGAAAGAGAACCUGUAGUAGCCUUCAGUUUUCAUAAAAACUCAAAAGGUGUUUAGAUUGUCCAGUUUGGACUACUGUGAAAAACAUGGAGGCCUUGAGGACCUGCUUGGGAUGUAAAUAUAAAGUAUUUAAAUAUAAACGGCCCACUCUAGGGCAGAGAAAGGCACAAUUUGUACAAUUUAGAUAAUUACACAUUGUGAAAACUUAUUAUAUAUUCAACAUCUGCCAUUAGAUUCUUUUAGCCUAAAUCUUACACACUGAACCUUUAAAAACAGGUAUAUUAGUUCCCUAACUCUCAGCAGGAGUGGAAAUCGAAUUCCUCUUAAUUUUGAGCUUCACAUUGGCUGUGAUGUAAUGUCUUAGCAGCUCAUCCACAGACUUUAUAUCUAAACUCCUGACUAACUUGACUAAGACAGACUAGUAUGGAUAUGUGGUGAAGAUUUAAAUGAGACAUUAUCCUCAGCGUGGCUCAUUUUAUGAUACCCGAGUAUAACUGCCACUGAGAAUACAUGAGUACAGUCUUACACAAAGGUUGAGUUCAAUGUUGAGUUCACUCGGCCAAUCUUACCUGCAUGAUGUUAAGGGACUGUGAAUUUGGUGUUACCAACAAAAUGAUGUUGUAAAAAAAUCACAAAAGAUGGAUUUAAAAAGGAAACAGGGAAUUUAUGAAAUGUUUUCUUUAUUGGGGUUGUCCAAUUGAGUUAAUCCCCCACCAUCAUUAUAAAUUCCCACUGUAAACUGUGUUAGUAACUUCACAUCAUGAAUACUGCAGUUUUUUCUACGUUUUGCAUCACUUUUGCUCAACUGAAUCUCACCACAGCCCCCUUAAAAGACAGUAUUCUUAAAUAAACCCUAGUGCACAUAUCCAAACCAAACCCCUGUGUAGUGAAAUGGAGUUUGUGCACCUGAUGUGGAGGGUUUUAGGCUUUAAAUUAAGACAGGGCUGGUGAAAUAUUUUCAUACAGGGUUAAAGAAAACAAGUAUUUAAGGAUGAAGAUAAACACUGGAUUGCUGAAGCUUAUUUUCUAUAUUGUACUGUAUCAACAUGGUGUACAUAUCUGUGUCCAAUUAAAGUCAAUGCACUUGA